CUGAGGUAAAAAAUGUCUCUCAGGCAAGUCGAGGCGCGCGCACUUCUUUUUCGUGUGGAAGCAGCUGCUGUGUGUCGGCGCGCGCGCAAUGACGCACGGGGGUCUUCGGUCCGGCGCUAGAUUCUCUCUCUCUCUCUCUCUCUCUCUCUAUCAGCGUCAUCUAGCUUCACGCUGUGAGAGGAACCGCAGCUGGGCAUGUUAGUGAUGUUGGGCUCGGUGCUGGAACACGCGGAGGAAAGAAACGUAACCGGGAUGAAGCAUUUCUACAGCGCUGUCGAAGGACUCGGAGCUUUGACUGAAGAAACCAGAGCCGAUACCGUACCUUCGGACGAGGCCGAUUUUACGAGGCACAAAGCCCCGCCCCUAAACACCCAUCCGAAACAGGAGCGUAAACAGAGGUGGUACGCAGUCUGCGAAGUGUGUAACAUCCAGCUGAACUCGGCCGCACAGGCGCAGAUACACUACAACGGGAAAACCCACCAGAAGAGACUGAAACACAUGAACAGCGGAAACAAAGGUCCGGCGGCUCAGGGCAGCCCCCUGCUGGCUGCGUUACCCGUACAGACUCGGCCACUGCAGACACCUCUGGAGCUCAAGAACUUUCUGCCCUUCAGACUCAACGGCUCCAAUCCGCUCAGCCUCUUUCCCAACUUCAAUACGAUGGACCCAGUCCAGAAGGCUGUUAUUAACCACACCUUCGGGGUUCCUCAGAAGAAGAAGCAGGUGAUCUCCUGCAACAUCUGCCACCUUCGUUUCAACUCCACGAAUCAGGCCGAAGCGCAUUAUAAAGGUCAUAAGCACGCUCGUAAACUGAAGGCUUUGGAGGCUCAGAAGAACAAGCAGCACAGACGGCAGCUCGACGGCACACACAGCAGCCGAGACAGAGAGAAAGACAGAGACAGAGGGAGGAUGAUUGCACCUGAUCCUCCCCCUGCUGUCCCGGAUUCCUGUGCAGUGGAAGCAUCCACUCUUCAGUGUGACUCUGACUCGGUGGUGAAGCUGAGCGAGGUUCAGGUCAGAUCAGUGGUUCUGACUCCGGUAUCUGAGGUGUCGUGCGCAGAUGUGGCCGUCUCCUCUCCUCCCUCGCAGCACUCAGACAGCCUGCAGGACGCCGCUGGUCCCAGCGAGACAGGCACCGAGCAGGACAGCCUGGCUAAAGAGGCCCCGAGGGAGAAAGACCCCAGGAGGAGCAAGCAUCACCUGCACUGUCCUGUCUGCAAAGUGACAGUCAACUCAGUCACUCAGCUGGAGGCCCACAACAGCGGUAUCAAGCACAAACUGAUGCUGGAGGGACAGAGCGUGUUGCCACGGCGACGAGGGAAGGCGCUGUCCUCCCGUGCCGCGUGUAAAAGCAAGCGACUGGCCAACAAGGGCAGCCUGGGCGUGAGCAACAAGAGCUUCCAUUGCGAAGUGUGUGAGAUCCACGUCAACUCGGAGACCCAGCUCAACCAGCACAUGAACAGUCGCAGACAUAAAGACAGAUUGGCCGGAAAGCCGCCCAAACCCAAAUUCAGCCCUCACAGCAAGACUCAACCAUACUCAGCGGUGUUGCAGAGUGUCAGGUGGAAUGGUUAUGCAGGAGGAGCCGUGUCAGCCAUGAAAAAAGUCUUUAGCCAGUACAGUCUCGCUUCUCUCUCUUCACAGACCAAACUGGCUCUCCAGAAGCAGCUGACUAAAAAUUUCACCACCAGUUUCCUGUCCGCUCCUAUAACUCCGCCCACACUUUGCACGAUGGCAGCCAAUCCACUCGCUCUCCGACACCCUGCCGGUGCCGCCUUCAUUCCUGCUCCGAUCUUAGGCCCCACCCUCUUUCGGCCUGCGCCGGGACCACUGCGGGCCACACACACACCGAUUCUGUUCUCACCUUAUUAAAGUAUGCAUAAACAGACACACAUACACAUACACACACGGUUAUGGUACAGGAAUGAUUUAGCGAUGCGGUUUACUUUCACACACAGUACACGUGAGCACACAAUAUGGUCUUAAAAACGUCAAAACUGAUACACACACUCCAGUUUUUCUGCACUCUCCUCUAGGACUGUGGCCCUCACAAGAGGAUCACUCUUGAACUAUGCAGCACAGAAAGGUAGAAAGCAAAGACAGUGAUAGAUGAUUCGAGAGAAAACAUGGAAGCAAGAGGAGACGCACGCGCGCACACCCCCAGGCUGGGGGAGGGCCCUAGAGACCUCAUUGACCCGCCCACCUCUGUCUAUUACUUCAAAUAGAGGUUGACUGAUAGGUCACGCCUCCAGGGAAAUGCGUGGAGCCUCGUAUAGUUGACUGGGACCUCUUAUAGUUUUAUAAGACAUUAACCAUAGGAGUUUACUGUGUAAUUUAUUAGAAGUACAACAGCAUUAGCGAAAUAGAGCACAUUUCUUAGUGAGACAAAUGCAAACAUCCCUUUACUCGAGGCUUCUUCUUUUUUUAUCUAUGUUUAUGCCUUUUGAUUUGAAGUUUCAUUCCUUUUUUUUUUUUUUUUUUCACCAACACAAACAAACAUGUUAUUGCUCCCCUGGAAACCAUAAGAGCUGUCGCUUUGCAUUGUGGGUAAUCAUCAUGGAAUCAUCAGUGAGUACAUGUGCAGUGCAUUGAGAUGACAAUUUGCAGGCAAAUCAGCGCUCGAUUGCUAACACACACACAGACACGCACACACACUCGCACACAAUCAGCGUUCCAAUCUUUUCUGCAUAGAUUAGAUGAUUGUGAGUAAGACGGAUACACACACACACACACACACACACACACACACACGGAUGAUUAUAACAGUCUCACAUUUCGGCCCUGCAUGUUGGUAUAUUUUGCUCUCAGUGUUAUCUCAUUAAGAUCUCACAAAGGUCAUCCUGCCAGUCAAAAUCCAUCUCAUAUCACCCGAUUACAAUUUCAGUUCUCGUCAUGUUAUUUGAGCGUGUGUAUGAGUAUGUGUAUGAGCAUGCGUGACACAUAUCAGCCUCAUUGUCUCAUAGACACUGCAGCUCAUCUCCGUCAUACAGCAGCGCUCUCUGCUGUACAAGGCGGAGCACUGUAUUUUUUUUUUUUCCUGCCAAUUGAGACUUUCUAACGGAAUACUCCAGCGGUUUUAAUUUUAAUCUUUAUCUACCACAUGUAGAACUUGUGCGUAUGUGUACGUUUCACUGACAAGAAUUUCGAUGAAUAGAAAGCCUGUUUACACGUACCUCACUUAUAAUGGAAGUCUCUGUAUGGAUACAGUCUGUUCUUCUGUCUGAUCACCUUUAUCCAAUAAUGAAACAAUUCUAUUCCUGAUGGGUGUGGUCUCUGUAUCAGGAUGACCCCGCCCACAACUACAAGGCACAAGGACUCACUGAAUAGAUUGACGAGCAUGAAAAACACGUGCUAUGGCCUUCACAGUCAGCAGGUCUUAAUCUAAUUGAACAGAAUAUGGGAGAUUUUGCACCGACAUAUUCGACAGUGUUCUCCCUAUAAAAAAACAACGGAGGGAAUAUCCUUUCAGUCCGUACAGGAUUUCGCAGAGGUUUUUUUGUGAUUGCUGUGGCCAAAAAUGCUCGAUUUUGUUCAAAAUUUUGCGAGUUUUUUUUGCUGAAAACUAAUCGGAUUGGAAAAAUCACAAGCGCGCGAAAUUGUUCUGCACGCUCUCUCACAGUGAUGUUUGUUUGUUUGUAAAUGAGACCUUUCAGCUGUACUCAUGUUCAACGUACGUGAAUGCGUGUUGUGAUGACGUCACAUGACGCGGCUUGGCCCAAAAACUAUGAAACAAAUCUGUGGUAAUUUCGAAAAAUUGCAAGCUCCUCCGAAUUCUGUGGAGUUUGCUGGAUUUUGAGUUUUGAAUUUCUGCGAUUGCAAAUCACGAAAGAACGGUGUUCAUCGCACCAGUAGUUUGCUACAGUACAGUUGUAGAGUAUUUUUGUGAAUAUAGACAAAAAGAGAAAGAGAUGUGUCGUAGUACGUAGAAUUUCCAGAGAAAUAGGACGUUUCUGACGAAAGUCCCUCGUCAGCGCUGUAAGAUUUUUAAAAUACAGUACUGUGCAUAGGUCUUAGGCACCUUCUGUUUUUAUGUACGUUUUGUACCUAUGGUUUUUAAUGUAAAUUUUAUGCCUGCUUCAUUGGUAUUUGAAUAGAAAAGAAAAAAAAAUUACAUUUCCAAAUAGUAACGUUUUUCUUUCUAAUAUUACCAAAAAUAUUUUAAGUAAUGGACUGCAUAAAAAAACACAAAUCAAGGCAUUAAUCAAUCUGAUGAAAAAUUAAAUCAGUAAAAACAUCAUCAAGGAAGGUUCUCCAUGAAA